CAGAAUUACGUCUUUUCUACGAAAACUCAUAGUCGUUCGUUUUCCCACUUUUUGCGCAGAGACGUUAGUCUUAUUCGAUAAAAGUUUCCGUGUCGAUUAACAGGGAAGAUACUGGAACGUCCUUGGAAGAAACGAAGCAACUGUAUAGAACUAUGCGCUAGUUGGCAAAAUUUCAUUUUAAAUGAAAUCGCCCUAUCGUUACUGCGAAACAACAUUUUCCCCUUUUGCCAAUAGUUACGGCAAACAGAUCGAUUCGCAUCGGCCGUGUCCUUUGGUCCGAUUCCAGAUUCGGUGAUCGGUGAUUUUACGUUACGACCAAUUCCACGCUCAACGACGACGAUUACCGAUUGACUCCGGCACAGGAUAAUAGGGAGUUAACGAACGGAGGGAAAAGUUAAAGAGCGUGGGGCGCGCGAGGAAUUUAGAAAUUCAGAAAUUCAGAAAUUCCUAGGAAGCGUUACGGCGCUGGAUGUGCCAAUCUGCCGAUAUCGUUAACCUUGAUUCUAUAGCAGGCCGAAGAUCGGCCGAUGCAAGACGAUUAUUAAGCCUGAUAGGCGGAUAAUGAUGCAAAAAUGCGUUCAACGUAAAUGGAUUUGGCAUGUGCGAUGGGAGUGGCGAAUGGUUUCGCAGGCGAAAAAGGAGACGGGUGAAAGAAAAAUAGGUAAAAACGAGCGUCACGCGUCGGGCUCGAGGAGGGGGUGAGACGUAUAGACAAGAAGGCAGAGGGGAGAAGGGAGAAUCGUUCGGUUAGUUGAUGUUAUGUGACGGAGAAACGAGAAAGAGAAAGGUAGAUCGAAGAAGAGGAAUAGAAAAGAAGAAAACGAUGAAGCAGAGGAAGAAGAAGAGAAAGACUGUGGAAGUGGUGGCAACGACGCUGGCCCUGCCGACGGUGGUGGUGGUGGUGGUUAGCGUUGUCGGUAGAGGUGGUGAACAUCGUCCGAGAACCCGGAGAAGUGAACGUUGACCGUGAUCAGGAGGGUGCAGUGGGGGUUCGAGGUUGUGUGGAGCACGAUGGUGGGGGAAAAGCAUAGUUACCGAGAGGAGCUUAGCCGUUAGGUCGUUGAGUGGUUCGUGGUUGUGCGUGCGUGUGCGUGCGUGUGCGUAUGUGUGCGUGUGCAUGUACGGUCGUGGGUACGCAUGUAUCGGAUACGAGGAAAGGGACGAAGGAGGUACUGCCGUUGAGAAGAGUGGGAGAAAGAGGCGACGGAACUGCGCGCCCGCGGCCUCCCACGUCGCGAAUCAUUCCUAGCCGAGUCUUUUCGACGCUCGCGACGCUUCUCCAGUUCCAUUUCCAGAGACACCGAUCCUUUUCGAUAUUUCGUCUUUAUGCACGCUUGUCCGGAAACGACACGGUUCUGCACGUCGUGACAGCGUGUGCGCCUUCGCUGGCUCCGAGUGGUGUCCACGUACCAAAAGCUCCCAAUUUCCACGCACGAUUCUCUGCUACGUAUACAUACGUACUUCCUAUUUAACCCUUCUGCCUUUCGGCGGAAGUUUCGCCUGUUCGGUUCUCCGACUCCCACACUCGCAGAUUCCUUUAGCCUAGACACAUCCCCCAAGAGCGGCCGAGAGACGGAGGCAAGGAGAAAGCGUAGAAAAUAGUCUGUAAAGAAAGGAGGAGGAUCAGUGCAAGCACGUCCGUUCGUGAGGUCGAUUCGCAAUCGUCGAAAGUAAAACGGUUCGUUGGUUCCCGCCCGACAACGCUGUGUAGUACACGCGGUUCUCCUAGGAUAUAUACCGAUACGCCACCCACCGUUUGUGUAUGUGCUACUUUGUCUGCACGCGUGUCGCUACCAUACGAUCACGGCUGCGGUGUUCGCACCUUCCAGAAGUGAAUUCGACGAUUCGGAGCGGACAGCAGCCGGACCAGCCAUUUUAACCGCCUGAUUUGAUCUUCGAUCGAUCGAUCGAUCGGAGAGAAACUAGCUCGUUUGAGCCCGAGAGUAAACGUACAGAGGCUCAUUUUUAAUACACGAGAUCGAUCGUGAUUUUUAACCAGGAUGUCGCACAAGAUGCUGAGCCAAGGAGCGCCGGUUCACGGGGGCAGCUCACAGAGAACGCCAAUGCGCCCAAUGAUAGCGGAAUACGACCCAAAGAAGCACGGUGUGAAAACAGAACUGUCAGACACGGUUCUUGUCAAAUACAAGUGCGAGAAAAAUGACAUACCGAUUACCGUCACGAACGGCUCGACGUUACCGCUCGUGGAAAGACCGAACGACGAGGAAGCGGCCCUUUACAAUCCGUUCGAGCACAGGAAGUUGGCCCAUCCGACCUCGGAUCUGGAUACGUUGAUACAUCUUCUGAAAGGAAGCUUAGGAACGGGAAUUCUAGCGAUGCCGAUGGCCUUCCGUAACGCCGGUCUGUUGUUCGGCCUGAUCGCUACCUUCUUCAUCGGUGCUGUUUGCACCUACUGCGUUCAUAUUUUGGUCAAAUGCGCUCAUAAUUUAUGCAGGCGGACUCAAACGCCGAGUCUAGGGUUCGCCGAAGUCGCGGAAGCCGCGUUUCUGGUCGGUCCUGAGCCGGUACAGAAAUACGCUCGCCUAGCCAAGGCGACGAUCAAUUCGUUCCUAGUGAUCGACUUGAUAGGCUGCUGCUGCGUGUACAUAGUUUUCAUUUCAACCAACAUCAAGGGGGUGGUCGACUACUACACGGAGACCGACCGCGAUGUUCGAUUUUAUAUGGCGGCGUUGUUGCCUUUCUUGAUCGCUUUCUCGCUCGUGAGAAACCUGAAAUUCCUGGCGCCGUUCUCCAUGAUCGCCAACAUAUUGAUCGCCACUGGAAUGGGGAUCACGUUCUACUACAUUUUCAGCGACUUGCCCAGCAUCAGCGAUUUACCCAACUUUUCGAGCUGGUCUCAGUUACCUCUGUUCUUUGGCACGGCCAUCUUCGCUCUCGAAGGCAUCGGUGUGGUGAUGUCUCUCGAGAACAAUAUGAAAACUCCGACGCAUUUCAUCGGUUGCCCGGGUGUGCUCAACACUGGCAUGUUCUGCGUGGUAUUGUUGUACAGCACCGUCGGUUUCUUCGGCUACUGGCGGUACGGCGAGCAAACGAAAGCCUCGAUCACUCUGAACCCAAAGCAAGACGAGGUUCUGGCCCAAUCGGCCAAGUUAAUGAUCGCUGUUGCCAUCUUUCUCACCUACGGUCUCCAAUUCUACGUUCCGAUGGAAAUUAUCUGGAAGAACCUGAAACAAUAUUUCAGCUCGAGGAAACUGCUCGGCGAAUACCUAGUCCGUAUGCUGAUGGUGAUCUUCACGGUCGGCGUGGCGAUCGCUAUUCCAAACCUAGGUCCGUUUAUCUCUUUGGUAGGCGCUGUGUGCCUAUCCACUCUGGGUUUGAUGUUCCCCUCUGUGAUCGAACUGGUCACCGUGUGGGAACAAGAGAACGGUUUAGGGGCGUGCUACUGGAGGCUCUGGAAGAACGUAGCUAUCAUCCUGUUCGGCGUGUUGGGUUUCAUAACCGGAACCUACGUCAGCAUCCAGGAGAUCAUCGAAGAGGACAAAUGAAGCGCCGGGUUCGAAGGAGCUGCGGUGCGACGGAAUAAUCGCUCAGCGCGUACCACAGAUGCCGGCGUGUCGUUGGACACCUUCCGCGCUCUCGUCGAGCGAACUCGUCGUCCGACCAGAGGAACGACGAUCACGACCACCGGGAGGGUGGGUGAUGCUGCCGCAGCUGGAUCAUCCAGCGAAAGGUCAUGCGAGCGUGCGAGCUCUCGACUCGUAGCUUCGUCUCGCUCCUUUUCUAUGUUUCACUUCACGCUAUUGAUAGCACGACGGCUGUAUCGACGACGAAGACGUUAUCCGUUAGAUAGGAUCCAUCGUCGAUCCUCGGAUCUUUUUUCUCUCUGUUUCUUAUUUCUUUGCUGUAAUCGCGCGCGUGUACCGUACCUAGAUACUAAGAGGAGUUUGCGUAUCGAAUUUCUAUACGAAAAAUUACUUGUGCCUAUUUUUUUGGAUCUCUACUUUUCCUUCCUUCCUUUUCUCUCCUUUUUUUCUUUUUUGCUCUUUUGCUAUUUUCACGAAAACUCAGUUCCUUCCAAGGAACGACAAAAAAGUAAAUUCCGUCUAUCUCGUUCUCUGCUAAUUGUAAUUUCAAAUAUACAAAGCAAUAUGCGAAGAGUAGAGAUACGCAAAUUUCUUUCACGCGCAAAGCAAUGUUAAUUAAGCAAAGAGAAUCCUCACCACUGCUUCGCCACUUUCCAUGCGACCCGCGUAACCGAUGUACAACGCGUACGACAUAAGCGCGUGGCUAGAUAUCACAGAAAAUUCGAUCGAUCUUCGGCGAUUUACGUCAGAAUCGUCGCUACUGACGUCGGGCUGUACAACACCGUACGCCAAGUGUACGGUAAGGAUCAUUGAUGCGGUAUGUUGACCUUUACGUAGGCGGUUUGAUAUGUUCUAUUACGCGAACAUAACUCUGCGAAUAAAUGAAAUUUUCAUAUUAUAUCUUUCAAAUUGUCAAAUUCUCAGUUUCGACUUUCGGCUUCUUCGAUCUUUCGUCUCCUAUCCUUCAAACUUCUGAAUUUCGAAAUUUUCGCAAAUUAAAAUUAAAUUAAAUUGGCAAAUUUCUCAAAUUUUCAAAAACUUAUUUCACAUCGUGCGACAUCAAUGAUUUUUACCGGGCAUUCCUAUACAUUCGAGCGAUUAACCGAGCAAAGUCGAUAGCACAACGUGGCUCGGAGUACCCGGAUCCACGAGAUCGUGGAUUCCACGACACGCGGGAUCCGUGAGAAUUAUUGAAACGAGUAUCAUCAAGUACGUGGAUAGAGGCGCCCAUUUUCCUCUCCCCAUUUCUCUUCUCCCCCCCUUUCUCUCUCUUUCUUUUUCUCUUUUAUUAUUUAUUCGCGUUGCGUCGAUCGUGCGCACGACGAAGCUUUACCAUCGACUUGACACAACUGCGGGACGGUUUCUUUUUGUCGUUUUUAGUAGCUUACGCGCGUAUUAUGUACGAGUAUAGAUACGUAAAUUAUACUUGAGCGUCGUUUUUACCUAUGAACAAGGACCGUUCGCGUUUUAUAUUUCUUUUCUUUUUUCUUUCGCAUUAACGUGCGUUCGUUCGUUCAAUUUCAUCGUGACAAAAGAGCAGUCUGUGAGAUAAAGAGGUUUCCGAGGCCGAUCAUCGAUCGAAACUAUUUUACAGCUGAUAAUGAGAAAUUAUCUUCUUAUCGUAGAGCUUGCUAAUCACAUUCAAAAAUCAGAACAGAACACAACGGAACACAACAGAGCACAACAGAACAAAACGGAACAGAGCAGAACAGACCAGAAAAGAAAAAAAAAGAAAAGAACAGAACAGAAUAAAACGGAACAGAGCAAAACGGACCAGAACACAACAGAACACAACAGAAUCGGUUAUUAUCGAUCAUUGACAAUUUUUAAUACACGAAGAUAAUAAAUCAUUGAACCGAAAUAGAAGAUUGAUCGAUUUAACACCGCCGGAAAUCGCCAAUCUGUUCCUAGUGCACAUUGCACAAAAAGAGACGAAAGAAAACGUACAAAAAGUGUUUAUCGAUUAAGCGUAAGAAACGUAAUGGCACGUAGGUGUGAUAAUAUCGCGACAUGCACGCUUGCUAGUUUGUAAGAAGUUUAGCGAGAAACGCUAAUUUAACUAAUCGAAACGCCCAUUUCGAUCACCAAGGCGAAUUCGCAACAAAUAUGCCGAACAGACGCGUAUAAUCGAUUUGUCGAAUCGUGUCACGGUCUUAUAGAAUAUCUUCGACGACGCAAAUCUCGUGAAAAUCUGAAAAAAGAUCGUUCGUUCUAUCGUCAAAUCGUCAGAGAGAGGACGAAUACUUCGCAGGACAAUAAAAGUGAACUUUUUUAUUAACGACAAAUGAAAAUGAUAAUCUUUUCGAAGAAUAGUACAAAGACUAAACAGAACGCGUAACAAUCCGUUUCUCACUCUCGUUUCCGUAUUCGACUCGAAAUUAAUUCGUAGAAUUUUUGGAUCGUUCGUCGUUUAAAUCUGAGAUCUGUGAUUGCGCGGUCCACUCGAAGAGCGAGGGAUCUCGACGAAAUUAAAACCGCCAAUUUCGACCUUCGUUUCGGCUUUAUAUUUUCUCGAAGAGCUAUUUUUAUUCAAAGAGUAAUACGCUUCGUGAUACGUGUCGCACAGCGACAGAUCGCCAGGGCACGAUCGUUCAUCGUUUCGACUAUUUUCGAUCGGCGUCCGCGCCAUUUUCGUCCUUCGUACUUCGAAGGCACGCGAUACUGUCUUUUUAGUGCCUUGAUUCUUUCGCCUCGCGGAAAUCGUAGGAUGUAAGACUGGAUUUUGUGCAGAAUGUGUAACGAAAGUUGUUAUAGAUUAAUAUCGCUGCGAGUAAAUUUGUUUUACUUACAGUGGCAAGCUUAUUAGACCGUGACAACUUUAGCGAUGUAUUCUGCGCGUUAAACGAGAAUCUAAAUCUCGUCGUGUUCUGUUUCGAUCUUGGAACGAUUUAAGUGAUUCUUCAACCGCAACGAUGUAUUUUAUACGAGAAGAAACGACGUAGAAACACACAAUUCAUCGAGAAUACAAUAACCAAUGCACGGUAGUUAUUGCCAUUUUCGGAAAAAUGUUCGUAUCUGGUGUACGCGUUUCAUUCGGAACAGGGUAGAAACGUACUGUCCCUUUUACUUUUUCCAGCCACGGAAAACCGCUGAAUUUUGCCAAACUUUGUCCAUGUUUCGUCAUUUUCUGUACUCUUCCAUUCUUUUUCCAUCCAGAGUCUUUGUUGUCUUUUUUCCUUUUUUUUUUUUUUUUUUUUUUUUUUGUUUCUAUACAUAUGCGUGUACGUAUGAUAUUUUGUACACGAUAGCACACGAGAAUAGUUCGGGGUAGUUGUACCAUAACUUUAAAGCCAAGAAAAUUCUGUCGUAACGAGGACUCCAUAGACUCUAGGUAGGAUCGUGAUUUAUGCAACGUAUUUAAGAGACGAAAAAUUACAGACACGUAUAGAUAUACCGUUCCGCCGCUUUUUUUACCUCGGACUUCCAUGAUGAAUCGCGCGUCUUUGUGGCAAUGGUUGCCGCGCAGAGGAUGUCGUUUCACGUGCACGCGUGUUUCGUGCAUGCCGUCAAUUUUUGUCGGUCAUUGUACCAAACGAUGUUAUGAAUAUUUAAUACACAACGAUUUGCAAAAGAA